CUGGUCCUGUGGUGAUUAUUUCUGGAACACUUUUCUUGGGUAUAAAAUGAGCAGACAGAGCACGCCACGAGCGGCGAGAAGUCUCAAGACACAGCGUAAUCAAAAAGAAUGCUGUUCCCGCGUUGGUCCAGCCUUCCAGGCGGAAGUGCCCGAAUUACUCCCCGCCGAACGCAGAGUGGAAAGUAUACGAGAAACUGCCCGAGAGAUCAAUUUAUGGUUGCCAAGGAAGCAACCUGCUCAUGAAGAACUGCAAGAAUAUUUCAAAACCGCCAGCUACUAUAAGUACUCGGAAGAGUUGGCUAUGAUUCUUCUCCAUUGGCAUGGGUAUAACGUAUCUAAUGCGGUAGAUGAUCUACCCAAUUACGUACCGAUUUCAAGCAAGUGGACGAAGUCGGAAGUUCGAAAAUUCCUGAAGUGCAUUGAUUCCAAACCCCGGAAAGAUUUUGUCGAAGCGAAAAAAACAUUACCGGGUCGUCCUAUGGGUGAGAUUUCACAGUUGUACUACUCAAUUGCUGCACCAUUCAAAGCCCCAUCACGUACGAAACAUCACGGCGAUUUGAUAGAACGAUGCUACGCCAGAGCUGCUCGUAAUAAUAUCAUUACUAAUCGAUGGCAAACAGCAGUCUCUGCAACUUCGGUCUCGGGAUCUACACAACUGUGUCGCCGUCCGGGGGAAUCGGAGGAUGCUUUGGAGCGUGAAUUCGAAAUGCACCUGGUCGAUAUGUUCGGACUAGCGGAUGCGCGUCGUGCGCUCGGGCGUCGAAUGCUCUCCACUUCAUACCCAGUUCUUCCUCAGCUGCAUGGGUUUCAACGUUCCCCGAGCGAUUCCUCCAUUUCGCCAGAUGCCCUUUAUCCUGUGGCUUUGCGUGCCACCGUUCCUUCGGGCUGCUACCCAAUGAAUGGCACUGUUACUAGGCCCUUGGUGGUCCCUCCAAUCAUCACCAGUACAACCUAUCAGUCAAGCAGUUCCGGUGCAUCCUCGCAGCUGGGCAGUGAGCCUAACGGUCACGCACCUCGCUCUUCCAAGCACACACUGCCCUCUGGUGUACAUUACGACCACGCCGAAUUCCUCUCUUUCAUCACCACUCCGGAUUCCCAACACGCGGAGGAGCGCGAACUGGAACUAUCCUCAGCCGAGCGUCUUGAUUCUGAACUCUUUCAACAAGUGCAGGCAGUGGAAAACCGUGCUCGAUCACUUUUGAGCAGAAUCCGUGGACUAAAGCCCGAGUGUGGCUUCCCGGAAAUUUCCUAUCGGUGGACCAAGACAGAAUUGGCUUUGGUCCUGACCGCCAUGUCCCGAUAUGGUACAAACUUUGCUCAGAUUGCAAGGACUAUCGGUUCGAAAACAGAAAGUUUCAUUCGGGACUUCUACAACCAAUUCCGCCAUUCCUUCCGCUUGGAUGAUCUGAUUCGGAUGGCACCAAAUUCAAAUAUAGAACCUGCUUCAGCCACGACAACCUUAAAAGGCGCGGAGGAAGUGGUCAAUACCAGCGAUGAAGAGUCCACAAAAUUUGUGAGUGAACAGGAACUAACCCAUGUAAAAUCCGAGCCUGACAGUUCUGUCCUAGCUCCUUUGACACCAGUGAGCAACCCAACAGAAGAUAACAAACUUUCUGACAGCCUGACCACUCCGACUUUGCCGGAAACCUCGGCAACAGCAAGCGAACAAGAUGUUGAAGAAACACAACCGUCGGACGAUGAGAUUCCUUUAAAAAUCCGUUGUACGCCGCGUCGAGGUCGGGGGCGACCAGCUCGUUUCUCCAGCCCUUCAACACGAGACUUACCGGUCGCGAAGACGAUUUCCACCAGAGGCCGAGGUCGCCGGGGUCGUGGGCGCGGUCGCGGAAGGAGACAAUGACAGACCUCUUAUCCGUGACCUAUAAUGCCUACAGGGUGAUCUCAUUCCUUGGCCUAAUCACAUGAAGCCGCUAUUCCUGCGUCUCCUUUUCUUCCUACUGGAACGAUAAACCGUUACUCAGCACGCGUCCUAAUCAUGAGCUAUUUCGCAAUUCACUAACGCAGUUUUCCUCCAACCCCCCACCCCAUAGCAAUGUCCACCCUACUUCAAG